AUGAAUAAGGAUGAAAAAACUCACUCUAGAGAGAAACCUUUUGAGUGUAAUCAGUGUGGUAAAGUAUUACAGAGCCAUUCAUCCAUUAAGUUGCACAUGAGAAUCCACACUGGAGAAAAACCGUAUAAGUGUGAUCAGUGUGGGAAAGCCUACAGCUCAAGCUCUUACCUUACGCGUCACAAGAGAAUUCAUACCGGGGAGAAGCCCUAUGAGUGCCAUGACUGUGGAAAAACCUUCCGAGAUAGCUCACUUCUCAGACAACAUUCAGGGACUCAUUCAGAAGAAAAACCCUACAAAUGUGAUCAAUGCACCAAAACCUUCAGUAGAAGCUAUAGGCUUGCCAUACACCAGAUAACACAUACUGGAGAGAAACCCUAUACGUGCAAUGACUGUGGGAAAACUUUCAGUAUUCUCCCAUAUUUUAAAAGACAUGAGAGAAUCCACACUGGAGAGAAAUCCGUUGAAUGUAGCCAUUGUGGUAAAGCCCUGAGUAGUCAGUCAUCUCUUAAGGUACACCUGCGGAUACAUACUGGAGAGAAACCUUUCAAGUGUGAUCAAUGUGGGAAAGCUUUUAGGCUGAGCUCCAACCUUAUCACGCACAAGAAAAUUCAUACUGGAGAGAAACCCUGUAAGUGCAAUGACUGUGGGAAGGCUUUCAGGGAUCGUUCAUGUCUUAAAGAACAUGUGAGAAUUCACACUGGAGAAAAACCCUUUACAUGUAAUCAAUGUGGAAAAGACUUCAGAGUGAAAUCUUUCCUUAUUUUGCACAAGAAAAUUCACAUGAAAAAGAAACCUUUUAAGUGCAGUGAGUGUGGAAAAGCUUUUAGCAGGCAUGUGUCCCUUACAGUACACAUGAGAAUUCACACUGGAGAGAAACCCUACGAGUGUAAUCAUUGCGGAAAAUCCUUUAGUGUAAAGUGUAAUCUCAAUGUGCACAAAAGAAUACAUACUAAAGAAAAACCCUAUAAAUGCAAUGUCUGUGGGCAAGGUUUCAGUAAAUCCUUUCCCCUUCGGCGUCAUGAGAGAACUCAUGCUCAAUAAAUUCCCUUUUAAUUAUAUCCAUGUAAAGUAGCUUUCAGUGAACUCUCAAUCUUUAAGGCAUACAACCAAAUGCUAAGUGAAAAGAACUGGUUGUGAAGAAUGUGAGAAAGCCUCUAAGUAAUGCAUAUAUGGAAGAAACCUAAGUUAUGCAAUGACUGUGAGAAAUCCUUUAUUCAUUCAUUAUCCCUUAGAAGAUAUGUGAUAACGCUGAAGGGAAAAUGUUUUAAUUAAUAUCUUCAAGACUUGUUACUUGGGCUUCCCUGGUGGCGCAAUGGUUGAGUCUGCCUGCCGAUGCAGGAGACACAGGUUCGUGCCCCAGUCCGGGAAGAUCCCACAUGCCGCAGAGCAGCUGGGCCC